GUGGCCAUCACACGAUGAUUCUUCUCAACUAAUCACAAAGACAUCGGCACCCUCUAUCUAGUAUUUGGUGCCUGAGCCGGAAUAGUCGGAACAGCUUUAAGCCUUCUAAUUCGAGCUGAAUUAAGUCAACCCGGAGCUCUCCUUGGAGACGACCAAAUUUAUAACGUAAUUGUUACAGCCCAUGCUUUCGUAAUAAUCUUCUUUAUAGUUAUACCAAUCAUGAUCGGAGGCUUUGGCAACUGACUUAUCCCCCUAAUGAUCGGAGCCCCCGAUAUAGCAUUUCCACGAAUAAACAACAUGAGCUUCUGAUUGCUCCCACCCUCUUUCUUACUUCUCCUUGCCUCUUCAGGGGUUGAAGCUGGUGCAGGGACAGGGUGAACAGUUUAUCCACCCCUCUCUGGGAACCUCGCCCAUGCAGGUGCUUCAGUCGACCUAACAAUCUUUUCACUUCAUCUUGCAGGUAUUUCGUCAAUUCUGGGGGCAAUCAACUUCAUUACCACAAUUAUUAACAUGAAACCUCCCGCUAUUUCUCAGUACCAAACGCCCCUUUUCGUCUGAUCUGUUCUCAUCACUGCAGUCCUUCUUCUCCUAUCCCUGCCCGUCCUUGCAGCCGGAAUCACUAUGCUUUUAACAGACCGAAACUUAAACACCACUUUCUUCGACCCAGCAGGGGGUGGAGACCCAAUUCUUUACCAACACUUAUUUUGAUUCUUUGGCCACCCUGAAGUUUAUAUUCUCAUUCUUCCAGGCUUCGGAAUAAUCUCCCACAUUGUUGCAUACUACUCUGGAAAAAAGGAACCUUUUGGCUACAUGGGUAUAGUAUGAGCAAUGAUGGCCAUUGGCCUUCUAGGGUUUAUUGUCUGAGCACAUCACAUGUUUACAGUAGGAAUGGACGUGGACACACGAGCCUAUUUCACCUCCGCCACCAUAAUUAUUGCUAUCCCAACAGGUGUUAAGGUUUUUAGCUGACUAGCUACACUUCAUGGAGGCUCAAUCAAAUGGGAGACACCCCUUCUAUGAGCACUUGGCUUCAUUUUCCUAUUUACUGUCGGGGGUCUAACAGGCAUUGUUCUUGCCAAUUCUUCCCUUGAUAUUGUCCUUCAUGAUACUUACUACGUUGUUGCCCACUUCCAUUAUGUACUUUCCAUGGGAGCCGUAUUUGCUAUUAUUGCAGGCUUUGUACAUUGAUUCCCUCUGUUUUCAGGUUAUACCCUUCACAGCACCUGAACGAAAGUUCAUUUCGGUGUUAUGUUUGCAGGUGUAAACCUAACUUUCUUCCCUCAACAUUUCCUAGGUUUAGCCGGAAUACCUCGGCGAUACUCUGAUUACCCAGAUGCCUACACACUCUGAAACACAGUUUCUUCAAUUGGUUCCCUUGUGUCCUUAGUUGCAGUAAUUAUGUUCCUGUUCAUUAUCUGAGAAGCAUUUGCUGCUAAACGUGAAGUUUUAGCAGUUGAAAUAACAACAACAAACGUCGAGUGACUUCACGGCUGCCCUCCUCCCUACCACACUUUCGAAGAGCCUGCAUUUGUUCAAGUUCAAUCAAACUAA